AUGGCUAGCCCAGACCCCUUCGACUCGGCGCUCGACCUCCUCCGCCGCCUGAACCCCAAACAAACCGGCGAGCACCUCAACAACAUCAUCGCCCUCGCCCCCGAACUCACCGAAGACCUCCUCUCCUCCGUCGACCAGCCCCUCACCGUCCGCCGCUGCAAACAAUCUGGCCGCGACUACCUGCUCUGCGACUACAACCGCGACGGCGACAGCUACCGCAGCCCCUGGAGCAACCAGUUUGAUCCGCCUCUUGAUGAUCAGGGCGGAUCUGGGAGUGGGGGUGCUGGGGUGGGUGGUGUUGGGCCUGGGGGGAGUAAUGAGGGCGCUGGGGAAGGGGGGGUGCCGGGAGAGAGGGUGAGGAAGAUGGAGGUGAAGGCUAAUGAGGCGUUUGAUGUGUAUCGGGAUUUGUAUUAUGAGGGGGGGGUGAGUUCGGUGUAUUUGUGGAAUCUGGAUGAUGGGUUUGCGGGUGUGGUGUUGUUGAAGAAGUCCUCCCCCCAAAACGACAGCGCCUCCUCCGGCGUCUGGGACUCCAUCCACGUCUUCGAAGCCAGCGAGCGCGGCCGCACCUCCAACUACCGCCUGACCUCCACCGUGAUCCUCACCCUCGCCACCAAGGGCGCCGCGCUCGGCGAGGUCGACCUCAGCGGCAACAUGACACGCCAGGUCGAGUCGGACCUGCCCGUCGAGAACGACGAGAGCCACAUCGCCAACAUUGGCCGCCUCGUCGAGGACAUGGAACUCAAGAUGCGCAACCUGCUGCAGGAGGUCUAUUUUGGCAAGGCCAAGGACGUCGUUGGUGACCUGCGCAGUCUGGGUAGCUUGAGUGAUGGCCAGCGUGAGCGUGAUACUCAGCGGGAGCUGAUUGGGAGUAUGCGGAGGUGA